AUGGCGAUGCGCGCGCUGGAGCUCGCGGUGUUGGCGGCGUUCGUCGUUCGCCUCACCGGCGUUCGCGCGAACGAGGCCGCGGCGUGGUGCGUAGAGCCGAAGAACGGAAACGUUGAUGAUUUUCGCGCGCGGGCGUCCGCACUGGGAUUGGACACGUGCAUCGACACCGGAGAUGCGUCACCUCGAGGACGGAGCGCGGGAGCGUGCGACGAAAGCAUUUUGGCUUUCUCGUGCGAAUCGUUGCGGCGCCGAGGGUCGGACGGGUUCGCGUGCGGCGCGCGAGACGCGCCGAACACGCCGAUCGACGCUCGAACGUUUGAUUCGUGCAUCGCACCCAUGUGUGCGACGGAGGUGUGCGCACAAGGUGGACGCGGAAUCGCGCGCGCGUUCUGCGCGGAAGCGUGCGACUCUCGCGCGCGGUUCGGCUCGCGAUUUGGCGAGUCCUGGUCGACGAGCGCGUUGAAUCCCGUGAACUUCAACGCCAUGCUCGGCGCGUUGACGACGUCUUAUCCAGGCGCAGCUUCGCUCGUGCAGAGCUUCGUUCGCGUGCAGACGACGAUAUUUCUGAUGCGCACGAUUUACAACGCCGUGAUGUCAUCGCUCGGCGAAGCCAGCUCGAGCUCGGCGGCGCCGUCGUUUUCGACGUCACCGUCGUUCUCGGCGUCGCCGUCGCCGUCGCCAUCGACGAUAUACUUCCCGACGCCGUCACCCUCGCCGUCACCGUCACCUGCAUCACCACCGACGACGGCGUGUGGGGGCGUAGGCGAUACGUGCUCGGAAUCGUGCGGGCUUUGCAUCUACCCAGAUUCAACGAGCGAUAAUCCGACAUGUUGUUGCGACGCGACAUGCUUUGAUUACGGCGAUUGCUGUGGUGAUGUCGGUGGGUGCUGUCCGUCGCUCGGAAAGUCGAACGCAAACGUACGCGCAAGAUCGCGAGCCGCGGUGCGAUCGCGAGCGAGCGGUUGA